AUGCCGGAUCUUUAUACCGAUGGUAUGCACCAGCCAUUCCAGAAUUCAUUUAUUGUUGGUGCUGAAGUGGACGGUUCCAAAUAUGUGAGUCAUGCUGUGGCAUUGGAUGUCCCCAUUCCAGGGUUGAAUGAGGUCUUUGACAUCCAAGAAGAAACGCUUAUGAAACGAGAUGAAGAACUAGUGGAUAUUCACCACACACGACUCUCCCUACCAAUACCAAGCACGGAUCAACGGCUCCCUUUUAAGGCCCACGCCUUCGAACGCUACAAUGACAUCGAUUUGAAUUUUGGACAAAUCCUACCCAAUAUCAACCUUCAUAACAUCAACAGUGAUGAUGUUGUAGAUGAACUCGCUACGAAUAGUGCAAAUCCGGGACUUUCGGAUCUGAACGACCUGGAACUCGGCGCAGUUGGGGGAAGUAGUGCUAACAGAUUUCCUCUCGAUCCCAACCACUACGUUCCACCACGGCGCUUCGCAGGCAGUGGCUCGCGCGACUGCAGCAAGCUACAGGAUAUGUGUUUCAAAGAAAAGAUAGAUAUAUUUGACGGUAUAACCGUACAAUCAGCUGAUCUCGAACCUCCACAAAAAGAGAAAGAUGCGUUUGCUACAAUAAUAUUAGAAUCUCUAGAUCAGUGGAGAAAUAGGAACGUGCAAGGCGUAUGGAUGAAGGUCGAUAUAAAGGAUAGUCACAUUAUUCCAGUGUUGGUGGAAAAUGGUUUUGUGUUCCAUCAUACGCAGCCCAAUUUUGUAAUGAUGACGAAAUGGCUGCCUGACACACCGUCGACUCUGCCUAGAUACGCCCACACAAUGAUUGGUGUUGGCGGACUAGUCAUAGAUCACGAAGGACGAGUGCUUCUAAUGAAGGAAAGACGAGGCUACUACCUUGGUUGGAAGUUCCCAGGAGGAGCAUCCGACCCCAACGAGACAAUUUUUGACACAGCAGCCCGGGAAGUGCUGGAAGAGACUGGAGUACAAGCGACAGGAAAGGCGCUGUUGUGUUUCAGACAAAUUAACGUAUCUCAAUACGAAAAUGUCGGAGACUUGUACUUCAUAUGUUUGAUGGACGCUGUCGAUCCCGAAAUUAAGCCAUCCCCUAACGAAACUGCUGACUGCCGGUGGUUUACGAGGGAUGAGCUGGAGGCUCUACCGAUGGCGGAGUUCCUUGAAUUUCAUCGUGAAAUUCUGCGGAGGUACGAUAUGUGGAAGAAAACAGGACGAAGAGGAUGCCACAUUGCUUCUUGUAUGUCCCUGAUCACAACUUUGCUUGAUGGGACACUUUGCAAUAGAUUCGAAUGCCAAAUUGCCCAGGAAUGGGCAGUGUCGAGAGCGAAAGAGCAUCAGGACACGCUGCUUGUCCGAAUCAAGUAG